CAAGACAAUACCAUCAGAUAUCAUACGAUCAGAUACGAUACGAUCAGGUACAAUACGAUAUAAUACAAUCUUACACCUCACCACAGCAGAAAAUCAAAAGCAAAAGCAACAUACCACAAAAUGACCAAUCUCAUGAAAGAACUCGGUUCCCAAUCCAAAUGGAGCACCUCUACCUGCAUAUCCUGCAUCACCCAGAUGUCUACCUCCAAAGGUCUUCAACCUAGCACUCUCCCUCUCCGUCACAUGAUACAAUUAGCGCACGAUGUACUACCGUUCGAUAGUGUCGCUUGCAAAGAAAAACUCAUCCUAGAUGUGGGUUGUGGAACUGGACAGGUGACGGAGUAUUUAAUGGGGGAGUUUGGAUCACUUCUUCAAGCCUCGAUGAAGGGGGAGGAGGGGGAGAACCAGGUACCGGGAGUGAAAAUUCUCGCCUCGGAUUUCAGCCCCCCGAUGGUAGCACAGUUGCAGGCGAGGAAAGAAAGGGAGGUGGAGAGGGGAAAUGGAGUUUGGAAAUGUGUGAAAACGGAGGUGUGCGAUGCGCAGGAUUUGAGAAGGAUUGUGGGGGAGGGAGAGGCAAGUCAUGCGUUUGCGAGUUUGGUGUUGUUUAUAUUGCCGGAACCGAGGAGGGGGUUGGGGGAAAUGAAGAGGACGUUGAUGAGAGGGGGGGCGGGGGCGUGUACGGCGUGGAAAGAGAGUGAGUGGAUGGUGCUUAUGGGGGUGGGUGCUGCUGCUGCUGCUAAGGAUGGGGAUGGAAAUGGGGAUGGAAACCCGGAAAUGAAAAUGGAGAUGCCCGUAGAGUGGACGAGUACUGAGGGUGUGAGGAGGGAGUUCGAGGAUGUGGGAUUUGUGGAUGUGCAGGUUGUGGAAACGGAGGCGAGAUGGAGUUAUGAGAGGCAUGAGGAGGUGGUGGAUUUGAUAUUGGGGUUUCCGGGGAUGAAGAUGAUGAUUGGGGAGGAGAGGUGGGGGGGAGGGGGGAGGGAAAGAGCGAGAGAGGGGAUGUUGGGGUGGAUGGGGAAGAGGUUUUCGCAGGGGGUGGGGGAGUUGAGGGGAGUGGCGGUGGUGGGGGUGGGGAGGAGGGGCAAUUAG